AUGCAAGUCGCCGAAAUUCUCUCCGAUAUAAAUUCUCUCCGCGUCUGCGGUUACAAUGAAGCCAUGGCUCUAGUCAAUGUGCACAAGACCAUUGUAGGCCCGGAAUCCGCCGAGUCUGGUGGCCAGUUGGUAGAUAAGAGCUCCGCUGAGGACAAGGCAGAUCUUCGUCGCGCGAAGGAGCUUGUCGAGCUGCAUUACGAGGUUAAGGCGCGACAUGCCGAUGGAGUUGUUGAUGAGGAGUUAAAUCAAGCUCGUCGGGAUGUCGGGAGGGUUUUGAGAGAGUUGUCGACUGUCUAA